AUGUGGACACGGGAUAUCAAGAUGGGACGGCAUGUACUGCCAGUGUACUCCGACCUACUUUACCGGCUUCAACACAAUGCUCUCUACGUUGGCUAUCGGCUUCAACACCUCCAAGAAACCCAGUGUAUGUGCCAUCAUGGAUGCGGUGUACUUGAGACUGCCCCCCAUCUAUUUUGGUACUGCGACUUUGCAGCUAAAGUGUGGCAAGCCUGGCUUGCUGUUUUCCAAGGCUUUUUCAAGUCUACACUGGAAUGGGAAUCAAUACUGUUGUUCAAGGUUGAGCCCAUACCUUCUGCCAAGUCCCGGUACGGCUACAGCCUCUUUGUGAUGCUUCACAUUGUACGGACUGUGGUUCUUCGCUGUUUAUGGAUGCACCGGAACGACAUCCGCUUCCAUGAACUCUCAGUCAACCUUAUCGACGUACAAGCACAAGUCAAGGCGGUAGUGACACUCCACGUUGAGCGCUACUAUCAAGAUCUUCUGCUUAAAACACUGAGCCAUUCUGGGUUUCAACGUCGGCACUUGCGGGACUUAGUGAGCAGUCUUGGACUCACCCUCGUACUCCCAGCAGAAACCGAUACUGAAGACGCCCAACUGGAGCAAAACACAGCAUAA